UCGGCCGUUAAACGCGCUGGUUAAGAAGAGUGCUUCCACAUUAUUAGUCGCAAAACAAAUAAAGCAACUGCUUUAUGCUUUUCCAGUUUAAUGUACGGGCGACUUAUUUUUGGCGCGCAUUUCUUCGAAGUCAUAAUUUUGCAUUUUUAAAUACAAGUUUCUCUAUUUAAGAAAUAGUUGCAUAGAUCUUAAGAGUGUUUGUGUGUUGGCGAACUUGGUUAAUUUGUGUUCGGAGCGCGAUCACGGAAUUUUUUUAUUUUUGAAAUUUUUGGUUACAAGGCGUACAAAGAAAAGCCAGAAAUUCGCAGAAGUACAAAAUUACGAAUUGUAUAUACUCGCUUUUGAGAAGUGAUCUAUUUAUUUAGUGCUGAAAUUUAAGUAAACAUUUUAAUUUUAUUCUCGGUCCUCGAUCCGAGUUUCGCCACGUAAAUAAUUCACACAAUCGGAAGUAGUGAAUUAAUUGUGCACAGCUUGCAAACAACAAAAAUUUAAAAACAAAUAACAAGCGGGUGGCGAAAUGCAAUCGACUGAUUCUGGAGAUGGAGCAAAAAACUUCAAUCAGCACAUCACCAGUCACUUGGCAUCAACAUCCACAGCGGGAGCAACAGCAGCAGCAGCAGCAGCAGUAGCAGCAACAACUACAACGAUAAACGACGCGACCACAUCAUUCAGCACCACACCCGCAAUACAGAACAACAAAAGCAAAGCACUCAAUCACGAUACACCCAGCAAGAAUCCCUUCAAGCAAACAACAGCUCCGUGGAGCAGCGAUCAAAGAUUAGCGCAACAACAACAACAGAAUGGCCGCAACAACACUUACAGGAACAGCGCUCAACAUGCUACCGAAGCAGGCGGUGGCAUUUUUGGCGUCGGUGGCGCAAAUACAACAACGGGAGCAGCAUCAGCACAGGCAACACCGACACCAAUUUCGAGCACAGAUCCGACGGCCAUCAAGACGCCAGGGCGACUCUAUAUGACACCACCACAGCCGCCACCGCCGGAUCAUUGCCGGCAGGAGGAUUACCGCGCCGCCGGGACAUGGGCCACCUUCAAGAAUUGGAUGAUCGGUUGGCGCGGUUCACGACAACUCGUCUUGAUCAUUGUGGCCAUUGCGUUGUUAUUGGAUAAUAUGUUGUUGACAACUGUUGUUCCUAUAAUACCUGAGUUCCUGUACGACAUACGCCAUCCGGAUGCACCGCUCGAUAGUUACCCGCGUACGCCACUCACCACGCACACACCACCGCCACCUACCCAAUCACCCUGCGGCCCGAAUGGUGAGGCAUUGCCAACAGCGGAGGUUGUAACGAUGAGUCCAGAAGAUAACAUCACCUUUUAUCGCGAAUUGGAAGAGCGACAUCAAGAGCUGGUGGGUGAGACCGUGGAAGUGGGCAUCUUAUUCGCAUCGAAAGCGUUCGUGCAGUUAUUAGUCAAUCCAAUCGUUGGACCACUGACACAUAAGAUCGGCUACAGCAUCCCGAUGUUUGCCGGCUUCGUUAUCAUGUUUAUAUCUACGAUAAUCUUCGCCUUUGGCCGUUCAUAUUUGAUUCUGUUUAUUGCGCGUGCUUUACAAGGUAUCGGCUCAUCAUGCUCCUCUGUCUCGGGUAUGGGUAUGUUGGCCGAUCGUUAUACGGACGAUAAGGAACGUGGCAAUGCAAUGGGCGUAGCAUUGGGCGGCUUGGCAUUGGGUGUGCUCAUCGGUCCGCCAUUUGGUGGUGUCAUGUAUGAAUUCGUUGGCAAAUCAGCACCAUUUCUAAUACUAUCAGCGCUGGCUUUAGGCGAUGGUUUACUACAAUUGUUCAUGUUGCAACCCUCUAUACAGCGUGCAGAAACAGAGCCACCCUCACUGAAGGCGCUGAUCAGUGAUCCAUACAUACUAAUUGCUGCGGGCUCAAUAACAUUUGCGAAUAUGGGCAUUGCGAUGUUGGAGCCAUCGCUGCCACUCUGGAUGGUAGACAAUAUGGGCGCUACGCGUUGGGAACAAGGUGUUGCCUUUCUGCCGGCCUCAAUCAGCUAUCUUAUUGGCACUAAUCUCUUCGGACCAUUGGGACAUAAAAUCGGACGUUGGUUUGCCGCCUGUCUGGGCUUGAUUAUUAUUGGCUGUUGUUUGAUUAUGAUUCCCAUGGCCACCUCGAUUACACAUCUCAUUAUACCCAAUGCCGGCUUGGGUUUCGCCAUUGGCAUGGUGGACUCAUCAAUGAUGCCCGAACUAGGCUUUCUAGUGGACAUAGCCAUUCUGCGGUUUAUGGCAGCGUUUACGCGCUGGGUGAUGUUGCCUUUUGUGUGGGUUUCGCUGUGGGUCCAGCUCUAAGUGGUACACUCGUGAAAUCGAUCGGCUUCGAAUGGAUGUUGGUUGGCAUUGCGAUUUUAUGCUUCCUCUAUGCUCCACUGUUGACGUUGCUCAAGAAUCCUCCAACGAAGGAGGAGAAAAAGGUUGGUACCACUGCAAAUGAAGGUGCUGACGCUGAAGCUGAUGUGUCGGCCUCGACGGCUACAUCUGCGCCGCUGCCUACCAAUGUGAAUGGCAAUGUGAAUACGGGCAACAAUGUGCUGGUGGUGGCCACGGCUCACAGCCCGGCCAUUAUGCAUGAAGGCAUGACGAAUGAGGCUUUUGAAAGUGAUCGGCUUUAACUGAGUUAUUGAUUGCUGCUUAAAUCAUUUCAUUCAAUUCAAUUCUGUUAGAAUUGCUGAUUGCUUUGAGUUCUUUUUAGCAUGAAUUUUUUAAACCUGGUUUAAGUUUAAAAUUUAAAUUUCGUUGUACAGAUUUUUUCCGGUUUAUACGUGUGCUCUUCGCAUUUACUAAGCAUUUCAUUAUUUUUAUUUUAAAAAUAUAAUUUUGUUUCUGUCCUGACUAAGCGCUUUAAAUC